GUGUCGGGGCUGGGGAGGGAUGGCCGGGCUGGCACUCGCCCGCUCACGCCGGGUGCCCACGAGGAAAUCCGGUGGUGGCAGCAGCCGUGGCUGCGCGGCCCAUGCGGGGGGGACGCCGAGAAGGUGAUGGAUUUCUUACAGGACCUGCUGUCUGCAGAAUUCUUCGAAAUGCUGGAAAAAAUGCAGGCACCAAAACUUGAAGAACAGAGGACUGGAAGCCAAAAACAUAAGGAAGACUACAUCCCGUACCCCAGCAUCGAUGAGAUCCUGGAGAAGGGCAGCCCGUACCCGCUGAUCAUCCUGCCCCAGUUCGGGGGAUACUGGAUCGAAGACCCGGAAAACCUGGGCACGCCCACCUCGUCCGACAGCAGCGUCUGCGAGGAGGAGGAGGAGAACCUCAGCCCCAGCACCUACGGCUACAAGCUGGAGUGCAAAGGGGAGGCCAGAGCCUACAGGAAGCAUUUCUUGGGGAAGGAUCAUUUAAAUUUUUAUUGUACAGCCAGCAGCCUUGGAAAUCUGAUCCUUUCUAUUAAGUGUGAGGAGGCAGAUGGCACGGAAUAUUUAAGGAUUAUACUCAGGUCCAAAGUGAAGACAUUGCAUGAAAGGAUCCCCCUGGCAGGAUUUAGCAAGCUCCCCAGUAUCCCCCAGAUUGCAAAGGCCUUCUGUGAUGACGCCUCUGGGCUGAAGUUUAACCCAGUUCUGUACCCCAAGGCGUCCCAGAUGAUAGUGUCUUAUGAUGAGCAUGAGGUCAACAACACGUUCAAGUUCGGUGUGAUCUAUCAGAAGUUCAGGCAGACCCAAGAGGAGGAGUUGUUUGGCAAUAACGAAGAGAGCACUGCCUUCAAGAACUUCUUAAGUUUUCUGGGAGACACCAUCACACUCCAGGACUUCAAAGGAUAUAAAGAACAGAAACUCUCCAAGGUCAAACCUAAAGUUUCGCUUCGACAAGCUCAGCCACGGCAGCUCCAGCACGAGCCACUAGCAGGAAGGAGGAGUCAUGAACUUGUAAAAGAGAAUUUUUAUUUCAACAAAGGGAAAACUCAUCAGCAUCCUGUGGGAAGAUGCACGCCCCAGCCGCGGGCAGCAAGGUGCCCUCCCCUCCCGGCUGCCCCGCUGUGCCGGGAAGAAGCUUCCACCUUGCCGCCAUCUCUGCCCCGGCGGGGACCAGCCGCCCUCCCACCGGGUGAACCCCUCGCCAGCAAACGCCCCGCGCCCCACACCCCUCCCUCUGCACCGUGGAGGAGAUCGUCUGCGCCCGGGGACCGCGUCCCCUCCGCAGUGCCGUGCCGUGUCACCCCGCGUGUGCCGCGGCUUCCCCCCCCCCCGGCUCUCCCGCGGCUCCUCUCGGGCAGAGGGGAAGCAGGACGGGCCCCCGCGCAGGUCAGGUCCCUCCACGCUUUAUUUGCAGCUGUCAGUGGGGAAGCAGGGGUUUGUGUUUGUUUUUUGGAAGGGGAGGUGGUCAGGGCAAAAUUGUCUUUGCUUGAUCCCGGGGCAGUUCCCCCGCCCCAUUAUUUGCUGCUGCUCUUCUCUCUUUUUAGAGACAACAGGGUAGAAUUUCCCCCCACGGCGCUGCCCAGGCGGCUCUUCCCGGCUUACUGCCCACAUCACUAAAUUUUUAGGGCAGAUGCAGCCUCUUACACCACACUUAGUUUCUGGCACAAGAGGGGCAGAGCUGGUGAGCGGGGCCGACUCACCCUCUCUGGGCAGCUUUGGGGAUGGUUUAUACGACCUCCCUGCUUUUUCCCUGCCUGAAACUCUGAGCACAGGCCUGGAAAAGGUUAACCAAAGCUAAAGCUGUAGUGUAUCUAAACACCAGAACCGGUUCAGAGUGAAUUCACCCAGUGGGUUCUACUUUACCCCACGGCUUGGAUCUCCAGGACAACAAAUUCCCGUGUUUGGAUGGUUUAGGCUGCUCCGCCCCUUGCAGAAUCUGUCCCGCUGCUUUCGGAUGUGCUUUCGUUCAUUUUGAAAGACGGGGAUUAUGGAUUUUGCAAGGUGACUUCCCUGUGAUGCCCUUUUCCAAAAAAAAUACCUCUCCCAACAUGCCGAGAAACCCUUUUGCUCUUUUAUGGAACUUUGUCUAAAGUUUACUGAGGUCUGUCCAUGAAUUUCACGUUGCUCGUAGAUUUUUCCGUACCAGUUUUUUGAGAGGUGCGCUGCAAUGCUGCAGAGACGCUCCCCCCCCCUUACCACAACCUGUGACCUUUGCAAACACCCCCGUGAAAUAAGGUUCUCCAUCUCAAGUGAAAGGUUCUGAAUCUCAAGCGAGUUCGUAAUUCCUAACGAAAACAGAACUUUGAGUGCCAAAGUCAACUCGACACCGCGGGAGCUCCGAGGGGCACGGAAGCGCCCGACACCCGUUAGAGGAGGCGCGGGCAGGGUCGCACACGCAGGAGCCCGUCCCCUCCCCCUGGACCAGCAAAGCCAAGCCUGGCUGAGCCGGGUCCGCUGGCAAAGCUCUGCAGGGUCCUGGCCAACAACCUCAACGCUGGGUUCACAGAGCUGCUCCCGCUCGUGCGUGGGAUUCGCCUGUUUAAGAAGAAAAGGCUGUAGCCCUGAUGGGAGAGGAACCAGGUUAAAGGAGGAAAACACGGUGUGGAAAAGGCGGACAACAGUUUCACAGGCACUAAGUGCGCUGUGUCGGACCAGUAAAUACCAAUAACCACCAGUGGGGACACGUCCCCUCCUGCUUUCAGUGAGUUGCAUUUAAAUAGAGUUUAAAUCUUGAGGUUUUCUUUGAAAGAGGGGAAGCACGGCGUGCUUAGCCCAGCCCGUAGCUAGCUCUAGAUGUCUCAGGUUCCACAUACUUUGCUGUUCAGCACUUCAGUCUGACAAUGCUUCGGUAGCACUUUCAAACCCACCCCCAGUUCUUCCUCUUAGAAGCUUUUGGUCUGGUUUUCUUAUGCCUCACAGUGAAAUAUUGACUGGUGCAAUGACUUGCUUUGAGGGUCUGUUCUUGGUUUUGCUUUUUAUCCUGAGAAGUUGCGUGAUUCCGUAGACGUUGUCAUUGGCAUGGGUGUUGAUCUCCGUGAGAUCUUUCAGCAGAAGGUGCAGUGGCUACUGUCAGCUGGGUUUUUCAUUUUUGGUUUGUUUUGGGUUUUUUUUUUUUUACUUGAACCUCUUGACUUUCCCUUUUGACCUAGAUUGAUUUGUAGAAUUAUUCAAAUGGGAUUAUCCGGCAGGCAGGACGGCGUGAAGCUUCAGGGAGAGAGGUGCAGCGCGUUGGACUUGUCUUUCCCUGCGCCAGCCUGCUGAACGGCAGCGGGGCCCGGAGCCGAGGGCUGGCACAAGCAUUGCCAGCGGCUCUGGGACAUUUUCAACAGCACUCCUCGGGGGGGGGGGCUGCAACCCCCUACGGCAGCAUCCUUAAUAGCAACGGGGCUUUUAAAGCUCCCGUCCUAGCCAGGCUCUAGCUGGUUUCUCCCCCGUGCGUGGCGGGCACCUUGUGGCCCCUGAAUUGGCCCGUAGCGGUGCUGGGACUGACCAGCAGUUGUGUUACACCUCGGAGGCACUUGCACGUCCAGCAGAGGGUAAAGGUGUCCCUGUAUAUAUAUUGCAAAAUGUUUUGUGCUUGUAAGUGACACACGCGUAUAUAUACAGGUAUAACAGUGAGAGAUAUAUAUGUAUAUAUGGAGAUAUAUAUAGAUAAAAGAAAGGAUCCUUAACUGACACUAAAAUUAUUGGGCAGUGCGUUUUCCUUUCUGGUCCCCACUGUUUCCAUGCCCAUAACUUCUACCCGACUCGGAUGUGACUUUGCCCCGGGAGCAGACGGGGCUCAGGAACGUGGCUGGGGAGGGACAGGGGAGCCCCCGGCUGCAUGGGGGGGUCUCUCCCGUGGCGGGGGGCUGCUCCCCUUCUCGCCGGGGUUUCGGCCCCGUGCUUGCUCCUGCCGCGC